AUGGUACCGACAGACGAUUCCAACCUGCUCAUUAUAAUCAUCGAUACCAAUCCGUUUGCCUGGGAAGAGUGCUCGAAAGCAGAGAUCCCGCUUUCUUUAGACAGUGCUCUGAGUCAGAUUCUGAUAUUCAUUAAUGCUCAUUUAGCCUUAAAGUAUAACAAUAAAGUGGUGGUUAUUGCAAGUCAUGUGGGACAAUGCAGAAUACUUUACCCCUUGGCAGACAAUGAGGAAGCAACCCUAAGUUUAAACGGCAAUAAAAGAAAUGCCAACAUGUACCCUCAUUUUCAAGUGGUGACGGAUCAAAUUGUGUCGAAUUUACAGAAACUGUUAUCAGACACGAGUGCCGAGUUUUUGAAGAAGGAUAUGGGAGCUGCUCCCACUAUCACCGGUGCCUUAUCGAUGGCCUUGUGUUAUGUCAAUCGAGUGGCAAAGACAGACGAAGAAGGGCAUAUUAAACCAAGAAUCCUUGUUUUAUCCGUCUCACCCGAUUCGGCUUAUCAAUAUAUCCCACUGAUGAAUUGUAUCUUUUCCGCACAAAAGGCGUCAAUUCCUGUGGAUGUGUGUAAAGUUUAUGGUGAAGAAACCGCAUUUUUACAACAAGCUUCGAAUAUUACAGGUGGCGUCUAUGUCAAAGUAGAGAAUCCACAGGCCUUGUUAGAAUAUUUGAUGAUGGCUUUUUUGCCUGAUAACUAUUCACGAAAUUAUCUCAAUUUACCUAGUCAAGAUCAAGUCGAUUUCAGAGCGGCUUGUUUCUGUCACAAGAAAAUUGUGGACAUUGGAUUUGUUUGUUCUGUUUGUUUAUCCAUCUUUUGUAAAUGGUCACCUGUUUGCUCUACUUGCAAAACAAAAUUCGCUUUUAGACCAAUCGCUCAUCCUCUUUCACAAAACAGUAAAUUGAAACCUAAAUAA